AGUGAGUGCCAAUAUUUCCAAUGUUUAACUAAUGUUGCAGUUCGUCCCAUCCUCUAUACUUUGUCACACAAUGUAUAAAAGGAAUUUAUCUUUCACUUUAUCUCUUCCGCUGCUUUUGGCAAUUAAAAUGCAUCGUUUGUAAUCAUAACAAAAGUGUACCGAACAAAGAUUUCAAUUGUUGACCAUAAUAGUAAAUGUAAUUGUAUUGCCAGCAACAUUUGUUUUAUCGAUUUUUAUUUGAAAUUAAAUGAAUCAUCGAAUUAAGAUACAGAAGUGAACAAAAAAAAACUAGUUUGCUUUUCUCCAAGACUAACUAAUUUUCGAGUCAAGGAAACAUUUAAUUUCUUAACCCACAUGCAUUAAAUGACAAGUCUUUUGCGAUGGUUUGGUACGAUUGCAUAUUUCAAUAAAAUGGAUGAUGAUAUUUUGGAUAUUGAUGAGGUGCUAACAGAUUCUUUUUAUAUGCCUUCGGAAGAAUGUUACAACGAUAUACAGAACAUUGUUCAACAGUGGAAAAAUAAUGAAAGUGCUCCGACUAACGCUCAGAAUGAAUGUACAAGGUACUUUGACACCAGAACAUUUACAAGACAAAAGAAAAGACUAAACUCAACCACAAAUGGCCUGUCCGAUCUGGACUAUCCGAAGUCUGUUGGAUUUCCCGUGGAUAAUAAUCAAUCGUCAUGUCGAAAUUUUAUUAUCGAUUCGUCGCCAUCAAAUUCGCUGUGCUCGUAUGCAUCAGACGAUGCAACCAGUUUAAUAACCAGCGGUGAUUUCAGCAACGUUAGCUACUUCAUCAAUAAUGCCAACGACAUAACUCUGCAAUUCAAUGAGCUGGAUCUGAAGAGAGCAGAUGAUACACAUAGUUCCAGUUCGACUGAUACAUCACACAAUUCAACAGCCAAACGGAUAGGAACGCACAAUGAAUUUCUAUCGAACACUAUGAUGGUGCGGAAAAGUAGUGUGUCUGGAGACAUAACAAUAUCGCCGAAAGACGAGCGGAAUUGUACUCACACAGUGCCGACUGCAAACAGAACCUUCGAAAAGGAGUUCAAAUUGAAUUCAACGUUUGAAAAGAAAUUUGAUGAUACGUUCGAUGAGAUAAGUGGAAAGAUUGCUCAUACGGGAUUCGUGGUGCCUCGGAAAUUGGAUAAAUACGAUAACUUGAACAUGGUCCAAUCAACACCUAAAGUUAGCCGAAUCCAAACCUCGGCCCGAUCAGCGACUCCACCGAAUUUGUCCCCGAUAAAUCCAAAGAAAUUUUUAUUCGGGGAGAUACCAAAUCACGAUGACGACUCGAAUACGUUCAUCGCAGAUAUGCCACUCGAUAUGGAAGGUUCAAUGUCCAACGACGAACAACAGAAUUCGUUGGUCAAUUUCGAAGAAUUUGAAAAAUCAAUUUUCCUGGAUGACGACAAAUGCGACGAAGACUUUGAGACUCUGUUGGAUCGCAUGGGAAACUCAAAGAGGCUGGAAAAUCGUGAAGUUAUGAAAGAAUCUCUGGACAACAUUAAGAAGCGACAUUCGCUGUUAAAUUUGGAAAUAAAACAGGAACAUCAGAGAGAGAAAAUGAAUAAUCACAGCGGUGACAAUAAGUCACUGGUGUCGUCGUUACACAAAUCCAUACCGGAUGAACGGUUGCUGAAACGAAGUCGACUCUUCGAUAACGUAACGUUGAACACUUCUACGGAUAAAGGUGACCGAAGCAUUUCGGCGACAACAGUGCAUUUAGAUAGCAAUCGAACGUUUAAUAAUCAAUCGGCGCAAAGAAAUAAUUCGAAUCAUCAGUACGAUAAUGCUGACAAUGACGUAUGCAACUCAACUGUAUUAAUAGAGAAAUCACCGAAACCACCGAUCGAAGAUCCAGCGGAUAAACAACCGCCCGAGAUUGAAGAUGAACAGCCCGUAAAAUACGACAAUCGAGAUCGAUUCAAGACUAUUAGACUCUUCAAAAAGCCAGCUGUGAAUGCUGUUGUAAUAACCGAUGCACAAACUCAAUUUAUCGAACCGGCACCCAUUAAAACAACAACAAUCGCUCCGAAACAUAUCGAACCCGUUAGCAGACUUAAGUCACGACAAAUUAGCACCGUAUCGUCCCGCGACUCAUAUAUGAAAUCAUCGUCUGUGGAGAAUCUGAACAGUCGUGGAUUUCAGAAGCUCAAAGCGGAUGCUAAUGUUGCUAAAUCCAGUUCAACGCAAAGUUUAGAUAAAACAAGUGGUUUGCCUAAGACGUCGAUGUUACGAACUCGACCAGCUGCUGUGCCCAAGAAUGUGAAACCAAAUAAUGUUCAAAAUGUGAUACAAAAAUCGAUUCCAGUUUUUAAUUCACGGCCGAAUGUGAAUAAAUUGUCUGGAUUAGUUAGGCCGUCUUCAGGAUACUACAGUUACAACACGGAUGUCGAGAAAUUCGAAGCAGUGAACAAUGCACAACCAUCAGGAGAUUCUACAUUCAUCAGUAAUAAUGUGAUCAAUGAUGAACCAAAGCAACAGCCGUCGAGAAUUGCGAAACCGUCCGGUUUACGUCCACCCUCAAAGAUAAGUUGUCUGCCGCGACCAAUGUCAAAACGAUAGUGUUAACAACCGAAUAAAAGUGCAUCUUCCCCGCAUCAAUAUUAUUAGUUUGUUAUAUAAUUGCAUGUAGCAUACGAUAUAGUCAAAACUAGCUGUAUCUGAUGUCCCCUUUAAAUUAUAUUUGGUAAAUAAAAUGAAAAAUAAAAUUUGGUUAAAA